GGUUCGAACCGGAGCGCGAGACGGAGGAGCCGCCGCCGCCAUGGCCGAGACUGAGGAGAGGAGCUUGGACGACUUCUUCGCCAAGCGAGACAAAAAGAAGCGGAAAGAGAAGAGCAGCCGGGGAGGCGCCGCUGCGGCGGCUUCUUCGGCAGCCUCGUCCAACGCCGCCGCCGCUGCCGCCGGAGGGAUGGGGGGAAGCCGGCAAACCGAGGGCGGCUCCGGGGCGGCUCCCGGCGGCCACGCCGCUGCUCAUAAGGCGGGGAACAAGGAAGAGGAUGACUGGAAGGAGUUUGAGCAGGAAGAAGUUGACUACACUGGUCUCAGACUUCAGUCCAUGCAAAUAAGUGAAAAAGAUGAUGAUGAUGGUGAAAAGAGAGAAGAACCAAGGGAUGACAGUGAAGAACCUGGUGGUGGUGUGGAUAAAAUAUCUGGCCCAUGGAAUAAGCCUGCUACUACACAAAGCCCUGUUGUUGAAACAGUUGAAAGCCCAGAGCCUGUCCAGACCAGUGGGGUGUAUAGGCCACCUGGUGCUAGAGAAACCAAGGCAAGGAAAACACCGCAAGGACCCCCAGAAAUCUAUAGCGAUACACAAUUUCCAUCGUUGCAGUCCACUGCCAAGCAUGUAGAUACCAGAAAGGAUAAAGAAAUGGAGAAGAGCUUUGAAGUAGUAAAACACAAAAAUAGAGGUAGGGAUGAGGUUUCAAAAACCCAGGCUACUAAACUUCACCUAGACAACCAAUAUGCUGUGCUUGGGGAUCAGUAGAGCUGCACACACAUUACAAUUAAGGAAUGGUUAUUUGAUCCCCUUCCAGUCUAAGGUAACUAAACUACAGCUAUUAUGAACGUGCCGCCUCAUUUCUACUGGAUCUACUGGCAACAAGUGCAGACUACUUUGGCGUAAGUGAUUGGCUCUUCUGCACUGUGGAAGUAUGCUUAAUAUGGUACACCUGAUUUCUUCCUUGGAUGUCAGAUGUUAAUGUAAGUGGUCAAACAGGAGCCCCCCCAGUAUUUUGAUUACUCUGCAAAACCAUGUGCAGCCAGUGGUUAUUUCAAAUCUUUUUAUGUUCAGAUACUGAGCCUUCGUAAGGGUUGACUACCUCAGACUUGCUGCACUCAUUGUGGACACCAUGUGGAUCACAACUUCUGGAAAAGGUUACAACUCUUUAGUGGCCAUCUGACACUCGAAACCAGCUCUACUGGAUUCCUCUCAGAAAUCCUGCAGAAGUCAGCCAUCUGGGUUCUGAUAUACUAUAAAUAACAGAUUGAAGUGACCUUAAAUGAACAACUUGUCCUGUGCCCCCCACUUACGACAUCUUCUCAUAUGUAGCCAUAACUGACUAGAAACCUCUAGUGUAUACCACUUUCAGAAAUAUGCAGUGUACUGUUGAGCUGUAGUUUGUUUACCUUAAUUUGAUUUUAAGUUAUCAGAAAAUACACAACCAGAUAGAAAAUGUAGGGACACUAGUCUGCAUAUAUUAGCUUUUUCAAGUAUGUAAACUUUUCUUCAUUUUAAAAAUAUGCCUUUUCUGGCUUGAGAAAUUGCAAUAUAGUCAAGUAGCAGCAUGGAAUAUGCAGACUAUCCAUACUUAAGUUUUUUUUUUCUUCUCUGGGGUUCAAGGGAUGAGGAUUUCUGUAGGUUUGCAUUCAGUGGGCAGAAACGUCUGGGCUCCCUUAGCAUCUGGAGCUUCUUUUGAAAAAACA